AGGGAAGCUUCAGCAAACCUCGGGCAGACUGGGGUGCGCUGGGGAGGGUGGGGCCGGACGCUGCCACAGCCGGGCGAUCCCUGCCCCUCCUCACCGCUCCCGCCCUCGCCCCUAUGGAUAAGCGACUGCCCCUUUAAGAGCAGUGGCCCCUCCUCCCUUUAGAGGAGGACCUAUUAGAGCCUUUGCCCCCGCGCCGGUGGCUCAGUGUUAGCUGUAGCGCCGCAUCUACACCAGCCAACCCAGAUCCCAAGAUCUGACAGCGCCCGGCCCAGAUCCCCACGCCUGCCAGGAGCAAGCCGAGAGCCAGCCGGGCCGGCGCACUCCGACCCCGACCAGUCUCUGUCCUUCGGCCCGAGCUCCGCGCCCUUUCCGGGACCCCUGCCCCGCGGGCAGCGCUGCCACCCUGCCGGCCAUGGAGACCCCGUCCCAGCGGCGCGCCACCCGCAGCGGGGCGCAGGCCAGCUCCACCCCGCUGUCGCCCACCCGCAUCACCCGACUGCAGGAGAAGGAGGAUCUGCAGGAGCUCAAUGACCGCUUGGCGGUCUACAUCGACCGUGUGCGCUCGCUGGAGACCGAGAAUGCAGGGCUGCGUCUUCGCAUCACCGAGUCUGAAGAGGUGGUCAGCCGCGAGGUGUCCGGCAUCAAGGCCGCCUACGAGGCUGAGCUCGGGGAUGCCCGCAAGACCCUCGACUCGGUGGCCAAGGAGCGCGCCCGCCUCCAGCUGGAGCUGAGCAAAGUGCGUGAGGAGUUUAAGGAGCUCAAAGCGCGCAAUACCAAGAAGGAGGGUGACUUGAUGGCUGCUCAGGCCCGGCUCAAGGACCUGGAGGCUCUGCUCAACUCCAAGGAGGCCGCUCUGAGUACUGCUCUCAGCGAGAAACGCACGCUGGAGGGCGAGCUACAUGAUCUGCGGGGGCAGGUGGCCAAGCUUGAGGCAGCCCUGGGUGAGGCUAAGAAGCAACUUCAGGAUGAGAUGCUGCGGCGGGUGGAUGCCGAGAACAGGCUGCAGACCCUGAAGGAGGAACUGGACUUCCAGAAGAACAUCUACAGUGAGGAGUUGCGUGAGACCAAGCGCCGCCAUGAGACUCGGCUGGUGGAGAUUGAUAACGGGAAGCAGCGUGAGUUUGAGAGCCGGCUGUCGGACGCCCUGCAGGAACUGCGGGCCCAGCAUGAGGACCAGGUGGAACAGUACAAGAAGGAGCUGGAGAAAACCUAUUCUGCCAAGCUGGAUAAUGCCAGGCUGUCUGCUGAGAGGAACAGCAACCUGGUGGGGGCCGCCCAUGAGGAGCUGCAGCAGUCCCGCAUCCGCAUCGACAGCCUCUCCGCCCAGCUCAGCCAGCUCCAAAAGCAGCUGGCAGCCAAGGAGGCGAAGCUUCGGGACUUGGAGGACUCCCUGUCCCGUGAGCGGGACACCAGCCGGCGGCUGCUGGCAGAGAAGGAGCGGGAGAUGGCCGAGAUGCGGGCAAGGAUGCAGCAGCAGCUGGAUGAGUACCAGGAGCUGCUAGACAUCAAGCUGGCCCUGGACAUGGAGAUCCACGCCUACCGCAAGCUCCUGGAGGGCGAGGAGGAGAGGCUGCGCCUGUCCCCCAGCCCCACCUCGCAGCGCAGCCGUGGCCGCGCCUCCUCCCACUCGUCCCAGACGCAGGGUGGGGGCAGCGUCACCAAAAAGCGCAAGCUGGAGUCCGUGGAGAGCAGCCGCAGCAGCUUCUCGCAGCAUGCGCGCACCAGCGGGCGCGUGGCCGUGGAGGAGGUGGACGAGGAGGGCAAGUUCGUGCGGCUGCGCAACAAGUCCAAUGAGGACCAGUCAAUGGGCAACUGGCAGAUCAAGCGCCAGAACGGAGAUGAUCCCUUGCUGACCUACCGCUUCCCGCCAAAGUUCACCCUAAAGGCUGGGCAGGUGGUGACGAUCUGGGCUGCAGGAGCUGGGGCCACCCACAGCCCCCCUACUGACUUGGUGUGGAAGGCACAGAACACCUGGGGCUGCGGGAACAGCCUGCGCACAGCUCUCAUCAACUCCACUGGGGAAGAGGUGGCCAUGCGCAAGCUGGUACGCUCAGUGACUGUGGUUGACGACGAUGAGGAUGAGGAUGGAGAUGACCUGCUCCAUCACCACCAUGGCUCCCACUGCAGCGGCUCGGGGGACCCCGCUGAGUACAACCUGCGCUCUCGCACCGUGCUGUGUGGGACGUGCGGGCAGCCUGCUGACAAGGCGUCUGCCAGCGGCUCAGGAGCCCAGGUGGGCGGAUCCAUCUCCUCUGGCUCUUCUGCCUCCAGUGUCACAGUCACUCGCAGCUACCGCAGUGUGGGGGGCAGUGGGGGUGGCAGCUUCGGGGACAACCUGGUCACCCGCUCCUACCUCCUGGGCAACUCCAGCGCCCGGACCCAGACCCCCCAGAACUGCCGCAUCAUGUAAUCUGGGACCUGCCAGGCAGGGGUGGGGGCAGAGGCCUCCAGUUUCCUCCUCACCUCAUGCCUAUCCUCUACCCUGCACCUCAGGGAGGGGGCUUGAAGCCAAAGAAAAAUAUCCCUUUGGUUUUUUUCUUCUGUAUUUUGUUUUUUUUUCUACGAGAAGUUAUUUUCUACAGUGGUUUUAUACUGAAGGAAAAACACAAGCAAAAAAAAAAAAGCAUCUAUCUCAAUCCUAAUUUCUCUUGCCUGCCUUUUCCCUGCUUCCAGGAAACUCCAAAUCUUCCUUAAAACCAAAGAGGGCUUCCUCUGCGAGCCAAGGGAAAGGGGUGCUUUUACAGAGCCUAGUUUCUGCUUCUCUGCCCUGGCUGCUGCCCCUGCCCCAGGGCCCCCAUGACAUGGUGCCUGAGAGGCAGGCGUGGAGGGGUCUCUGCCAGCCUCCUCUGGACAGCAGGCCGCCACCAGGCCAGCCUCUGUGAGGAGGAGGAGAGAGAGAGAGAAUACUUGGUCCCACUACACCUGGCUGAGGCUCCUCUGCCUGCCCCGUCCCCAGUCCCCACCCCUGCCCCCUGCCCCCUGCCCCCUGCCCUGGGGUGAGUCCAUUCUUCCAGGUGCCAGCUGCACUUGCUUUUUCUGUAUUUUAUUUAGACAAGAGAUGGGAAUGAGGUGGGAGGUAGAAGAAGGGGGAAGAAGGUGAGUUUGAGGUGCCUUCCCCAGCUUUAGAGCCUGGGUGGGCUCUGUGCAGUCACUGGAGGUUAAAGUCAAGCCAAGUCAAGCGGGGUGCAGGGAGGAGGGAGAGGGAAGCCACUGGAAAGGGUGAGAGCCUGCUGGGGCCCACCACAGAGGAGGAGGGCGGAGGGCGAGAGGGGGUAGGGAGGCACGGCAGUGGUUAUGGCAAACACUAAGGAUCCCCUAGCCUCCCCGUUUCCCAUCUGCACCCCUUCUCUCCUCCCCAAAUCAAUACACUAGUUGUUUCUA